CAACUCAGCUUCGGCCACUUUGGGAGACCCCAGAGCUUCAGCGUCCAGUGGCCACACUCUAGGGAAUCCGUCCUCCGUGAAAGGUCUGCUCCAGCCUGGACAUGGCGCCGGACACCUGCUGCUGCUCUCGUGGGACCCUGAAGAGGAGACUGCCCAUUCUGGCCUGGCUGCCUGUCUACUCACUGCAGUGGCUGAAGAUGGACUUCAUCGCUGGACUCUCCGUGGGACUCACGGUCAUCCCCCAGGCUCUGGCCUAUGCAGAAGUGGCUGGACUCCCACCCCAGUAUGGCCUCUACUCGGCCUUCAUGGGCUGCUUCGUGUAUUUGUUCCUGGGCACCUCCCGGGACGUGACUCUGGGCCCCACGGCUAUCAUGUCCCUCCUGGUGUCCUUCUACACGUUCCACGAGCCCGCCUACGCCGUGCUGCUAGCCUUCCUAUCUGGGUGUAUCCAGCUGGCCAUGGGCUUCCUGCAUUUAGGGUUUCUACUCGACUUUAUCUCCUGCCCUGUCAUUAACGGCUUCACUUCUGCUGCCGCCAUCACCAUUGGCUUUGGACAGAUCAAGAACCUGCUGGGACUGAAGAACAUCCCCCGGCAGUUCUUCCUCCAGGUCUACCACACCUUCCUCCACAUCGGAGAGACCAGGGUGGGCGACGCCGUCCUGGGGCUGGCCUGCAUGGUGCUGCUUCUGGUGCUGAAGCUGAUGCGGGCACGCAUGCCUCCUCCCCAUCCUGAGACGCCCCUUGGCGUGAAGUUCAGCCGUGGACUGGUGUGGACUGUCACAACGGCUCGCAAUGCCUUGGUGGUCUCCUUUGCGGCCCUAGUUGCUUACUCCUUCGAGGUGACAGGACGCCAUCCUUUCGUUCUGACUGGAAAGAUAGAGGAGGGGCUCCCUCCUCUGCGGGCCCCACCCUUCUCAGUGACCAGAGACAAUAAGACCGUCUCCUUCUCAGAGAUGGUGCAGGAUAUGGGGGCCGGACUGGCUGUGGUACCUCUGGUGGGUCUCCUGGAGAGCAUCGCCGUGGCCAAAUCCUUUGCGUCUCAGAACAACUACCGCAUCGACGCCAACCAGGAGCUGCUGGCCAUCGGCCUCACCAACAUGCUGGGCUCCCUCGUCUCCUCUUACCCCGUCACUGGCAGCUUUGGGCGGACAGCUGUGAAUGCCCAGACUGGGGUGUGUACCCCAGCAGGAGGCCUGGUGACUGGUGUGCUGGUGCUGCUCUCUCUGGACUUCUUGACUUCACUCUUCUACUACAUUCCCAAGUCUGCGCUGGCUGCCGUCAUCAUCAUGGCUGUGGCCCCACUCUUUGAUGCCAAGAUUCUCAGGACGCUCUGGCGUGUUAAGAGACUGGAUCUGCUGCCACUCUGCGUGACCUUCCUGCUGUGCUUCUGGGAGGUUCAGUACGGCAUCCUGGCUGGGACCCUGGUGUCUCUGAUCAUCCUCCUGCACUCUGUGGCGAGGCCCAAGACCCAGGUAUCAGAAGGACACAUCCUGGUCCUGCAGCCAGCCAGUGGCCUGCAAUUCCCUGCAAUUGAUGCCCUGCGAGAGGCAAUAAUGAACCGGGCCCUGGAAGCAUCCAUACCACGAUGCACAGUCCUGGAGUGCACGCAUGUCAGCAGCAUAGACUACACCGUGGUUGUGGGACUCAGGGAACUCCUGGAGGACUUCCGGAAGCAGGGUGUCACCCUGGCCUUCGCUGGCCUGCAGGUACCUGUGCUUCGCACCCUGUUGGCCGCGGACCUGGCGGGGUUCCAGCACUUCAGCACUCUGGAGGAGGCCGAGAAAUACCUGCAGCAAGAAACAGGGCCUCAGCCCUACAACAUCCACGAGGACUCUGUCCAGAGCACAAGAUCUCCCUGCUGAAGUCUGAGUCAGACCCCUGAAGGGCAGCUGGUAUAGGAAGGGUCUCUGGAAGGUGCGGCCACUGUGAUUUGAUGCGGAUAUCGCCUGACAGACCCACUGCACAAGUGGCUCUGAAGAACAGGGUGCCAGACAGUAGUGGUGGCGCACGCCUUUAAUCCCAGCACUUGGGAGGCAGA